AUGGAAACAGACUUCAUUCAUUUUGUGAGAAAAUGUCAUCAAUGUCAGAUUCAUGGUGAUUUGAUUCGAGUUCCACCAAAUGAGCUUAAUAUGAUGGGUUCUCCUUGGCCAUUUCCAGCCUGGGUCAUGGAUGCCAUUGGUUCUAUUGAGCCAGCCGUAUCAAAUAGACAUAGGUUCAUUUUGAUGAAUGGAGAAGUUGAGGCAGCCAACAAGAAUAUCAAAAUAAUAUUGCAUAAGAUGAUUGAUAAUUACAAGUAUUGGCAAGAGAAUUUUCCGUUUUCCCUCCUUGGCUAUCGCACUAUAAUUAGGACUUCGACUGGGGCAACACCUUAUGUUUUGGUGUAUGGAACAGAAGCAGUAUUACCAAUGAAAGUUGAGAUCCCAUCUCUGACGAUUAUCCAAGAAACUGAGUUGAGUGAUGUCAAAUGGACACAAAGCCGAUAUGAACAGUUGAUGCUCAUUGAUAAAAAGAGAAUGAAUGCACGGAUAUUUCCGCACCAAGAUGAAGCUAAAGGGAAGUUUGCACCUAACUGGGAAGGGCCUUACAUAGUUCACCAAGUAUUGACUGGAGGUGCAUCGAUUCUAGCAGAAAUGGAUAGAAAGAUAUGGCCGAAAGCCACCAAUUCAGAUGCGGUUAAGAAAUACUAUGUCUAA